CCUAAAUAAUAAAACCUUAGAAAUUCAUUACUCAUAAUCACAUUCUUAAUCCCCAGUUCAAAUCCCAAACCCACCUUCUAAACAUAAAAUUUUAUAAAAGUGAGAAUUUAAUUUCCAUUCCCAUUUUAUAAUCCCACAUACCAUACACCCCCUUAAUGUUCUGAAACACUGCUUUCUACAAGUAAUUAUUUUCACUGUCUCAACUCUACAGAAACCUCAUCAAUGGCGGACUCUACAGAAACCACUGUAAUCCCUACCACAAACGAGUCAAAUCAAACAGAAACUUCCUCAUCGACUUCCAUUCCUCCAGAGCUCAAACCUCCAGAGAUUAAGCGUUCAUGGGGAGACGAAGUCGAUGAUGAACUCCCCGUCGAUCAGCUCUCAAUCAACGAGCGAAAAGAAUUGGAUGAUCCUGAUGAUACUAGCAUCCAAGCGGUUACAGAUACGCCUUAUACAUCGGCUAAGAGGUUUGAAGAUUUGAAUCUAUCGGAGGAUUUACUUAAAGGUUUGUACGUAGUGAUGCGGUUUGAACGACCUAGUAAAAUUCAAGCGAUCACUUUGCCUAUGAUUUUAACACCUCCUUAUAAGAAUUUAAUUGCUCAAGCCCAUAAUGGAUCUGGGAAAACAACCUGUUUUAAUCUGGGAAUGUUGAGUCGUGUUGAUCCAAAGUUACAAGCUCCCCAAGCUCUUUGUAUUUGCCCUACCAGAGAAUUAGCCAUUCAGAACUUGGAGGUGCUACAGAAGAUGGGAACAUAUACUGGUAUAAGUGCUGAGAGAGCAGUUCCAGAAAACUUGGACAAUCCAUCUCAUACUCCAAUAAACAAGCGGGCACCUGUUACAGCUCAAGUGAUCAUUGGGACACCUGGUACGAUUAAGAAGUGGAUUUCAUUUAAGAAAUUGUCUUUGGUUAACAUGAAGAUCCUUGUUUUUGAUGAAGCUGAUCACAUGUUAGCUGAGGAUGGCUUCAGGGAUGAUUCUCUUAGGAUUAUGAAUGAUAUCAAGAAAAUUGCACCUAAUUGCCAGGUUUUGCUAUUUUCUGCCACCUUUAGUGAAAGGGUGAAGUCUUUUGUUGAAAGGACAAUUCAUAAUUACAACCAACUAUUUGUCAAGAAGGAAGAACUAUCAUUAGAGUCUGUAAAGCAGUAUAAGGUUCACUGCCCUGAUGAAUUGGCAAAAAUCAAAGUCGUUGGAGAAAAAAUUUUGGAGUUAGGUCAAAAGUUGGGCCAGACCAUAAUAUUUGUACGCACAAGAAAUAGUGCAGGCUAUCUUCAUAGGGCACUUACCGAUUUAGGUUAUGAAGUGACUACCAUUCAGGGUGCUCUUACCCAUGAUGACAGAGACAAAAUAGUGAAAGAGUUCAAAGAUGGUUUGACUAAAGUGCUUAUAUCAACAGAUCUUCUUGCUAGGGGUUUCGACCAGUCACAGGUUAAUUUAGUUGUUAAUUAUGACCUCCCGGUGAAAUAUGAUGCUAGGACAGAGCCUGAUUAUGAGGUUUAUUUGCAUAGAGUCGGACGAGCAGGACGUUUUGGUCGGAAAGGUGCUGUAUUUAAUUUGAUUAGUGACGAUAGAGACGAAAUGAUUAUGGGGAAGAUUGAGAAUCAUUUUGGAGCUAAAGUCGUUGAGGUUCCUUCAUUUGAAAGUGAUGAAGACUUUGAAGCCGCUCUCAAGGAUGCUGGUCUGCUAUGAAAUUUUCGAGGGCAGAGAGAACGGUGGUGGGUGGAAGACAUGCCUAAUGAAAGUUCACAAUGUUUUCUCUUAUAUUGUAGUCCCUCCUACUGAUGUUGAAUAUUCGUUUAUUUGGGGCGUUCUUCUAGUGUUGAAGUUGAAUAUUCGAUAAUUUGAGGCGUUCUUCUAGUGUUGAAUGCUUGGGGAGCUGUUUCUUUUUCGAGGCUUUGUAAAUUUUCGAGUUGAACAAUGAAUUGUCGGUUAUUUGGUGGUAAAGAAUAUGUAUUGAAGAAUUGGGUUUUUCUUAGUUGGUGUAUGUACUACUUUCUACUGCAAGGACCUGGUUAUGAUUCAUUCUUAACCUCUCCCAUUCCUUUGCCUAAAAAAUCAAUUGUGCUAUCCUUUUGUUUUCCUCCUAAUACAGAAAUUUCAAGAUGGUUCAUUUGUGCCGA